UCGUGGGUAACGUUGGCGUACAGUUCGAACAGCUGGUUGUCUGGUCGGGUACGCGGUCGUGCACCUUCGAGCCGUUCGCACGCGAUGCAAAACAUUCGCUCUCGGAUGCGGUGUUUACGGUGGUGUUUCCGUUGGUCCAGAUCGGUGCAGUGCUGUUGCUACUGAUGCGAUACAAGUUGCUCUGUUGCUGUUUGACCGUUGGUUUUAGCAAUUGUGCGACAUAUGUGCCACGUGUGGCGCACUGUCAACAAGUGGCCGUAAGCGUGUUUUCAUAACGGUUUUAGGUGACUUUACACGGUGUGUGAUACAAGGUGCAAGGCUGUGUUCUGCGUACUGUUCACCAAUCCACAAUCAAAAAAUUCUAACUGAACAUUUCUAUCAACCACCAAUGAAGCGGCAGCCAUACCUUAGGGAUUGGAACGUGUCGACCGUACGCGACCCGGUGGGACCAGCCCGCCGUAAAUAGUGAAGUAGGGAAGAAAAAAGCGGCCACAGCCCGAAAAGAAUGCAAAUUGAAUAAAACGAUAUUCGACGGAUAAAGGCGCGAUGGAUUCGCACCACGAAUCUAUGGUACGAUGAGGAUGGAUGGGUAUGGAAAGGGAGGCGUAAGGUGCAGGGUUUGAAGAAACAAAAGGCAAAAUGGACCAAACAGCCGUACGAGCGAGCGUGAUUCUAGUGAAGCCGGACUCAAGCAUCAGGUGUAUGGUAGCCAUUUUAAAGUAGCGAAAUACUGCUCCCCCCUCCCUCCUCUUCCCUCCUACACGGUGGGAAAAAAGGUACGGGGGAAAAAAAAGUCGAACACUCACAUUCGCUUCCUGGAGGGUUGUUUUUUUGUUGUUGCUAUUGCCCGAAACGGUAGUCCUUCGAACAGAAAUCAAGCGCCUUCCGUAUUGUGUCUAUUUUUUCGUGCUGCGCUUUAUCCACAGCCUCGACCCGGUCCGGUAGGGGUUUGAGUAAGGUUUUUGCUCAAGCAAUAGCAUUUGAUACUUUCUUCUUUUUUCCACCUCGAUGUGGGUUCAUUGGGGUUUGAUUUCAAACUCCGGAAAAAAGGUUGCGCGGUGGCGGUAGAGGAGGAAUUUAACGGCAACGGUUGGUAAAUGCUGUGCCCGAUAACACCGAGGUACGAAUCAACCACAACCCCCUCCCCGCAGCAUUGCAAUCGAAAUCGAUAACCAACUAAUGACGUAGACAGGCCAGUUUUUGUGGGAAAAAAAUCGAAAGUGCAAAAGAGACACUAAAAGGCUGAAUGGUGAGUGAAGUACAAAAAAAACACAAAAUCGGUGCGAUAACAAUCAAACGCCAUCGAAAGUUAGACCACUACACCGCACCGAGCAGUUGCUGUAUGGUUUCGCGAAAGCACGGCGUAAAUCGCGUGUGAUCGGGCGAUUAGUUCACUCAUCGCAGCUACGCAACGUAAAACACGCAUUGACACACACACACUGCAACCGUGGCUGGGACGGUGUACCGCACCGAUCGUGUGUGUGUGCAACGAUAAGAGUGGCACUUCACGUUCGUGCUAAAGGUGAUUAAUACCGGUGACCUACCCAGGUCGAAACCUCCCUAACCCCCACCCCCAAUCAACAGCAACACCAACGAGGGACGAAAAAGGAACAACCAAAAAACCAAUACAAAACGCGCGUGACAACAUGGGUGUCAAUUCGUCGUCCCGACAGGAUGCGAGCUUUCUGUCGGAUGAAGACGUGAACUUUGACCACUUUCAAAUACUGCGCAACAUCGGCAAGGGUAGCUUCGGUAAGGUGUGCAUCGUACAGAAGAAAGACAGCGGUAACCUGUUCGCGAUGAAGUACGUCAGCCGUAACGUGUGCAUCGGCCGAGGCGCACUCGGGGGCGUCCUGAAAGAGGUGGAGCUACUCGCCUCCCUGGAGCAUCCCUUCCUCGUGAACCUUUGGUUCUCUUUCCAAGAUGAAGAGGAUUUGUUCAUGGUUUGUGAUUUGUUGGCCGGUGGCGACUUACGGUAUCAUUUGCAGCACCAGGUGGAAUUCUCGGAGGCCGGUGUCGGUUUGCUGGUUUGUGAGCUUGGUUCCGCGCUGGAUUAUCUACAGAAGCAACGAGUUGUACACAGGGACAUCAAACCGGACAACAUUCUGCUGGACGAGGAAGGCCAUGCGCAUCUGACCGACUUCAACAUAGCAACCCGUCUACCGCCGGACGGGCUCGCCUGCAGCAUGUCCGGCACCAAACCGUACAUGGCUCCAGAAGUAUUUAUGUGUGCCUUAGAGGAAAUCGCCGGCUACAGCUAUCCGGUCGACUGGUGGAGUCUUGGUGUGGUCGCAUACGAGUUGCGGAGUGGUGGCCGACCCUUUGUCGUCCACUCGUCGACACCGCUCGCCGAGGUGAAAAACAUACUCAACACACAACCGCACUAUCCCCGCCACUGGAGUGACAACUUCGUCGAUCUGCUUUCCAAGUUGCUGAAUGUGCAUCCGGGUGCGCGUAUCAGCACCCUAAAGGAGCUUCAUCUAACGAAGCUGUUGCGUGGUACAGACUUCGAGCGUGUGCUCGCCAAGCGUACCAACCCACCGUUCAAGCCUUCGAAGGAUCACCUGAACUGUGAUCCAAGCCUGGAGCUGGAGGAGAUGAUCGUCGAGACAAAACCGCUGCACAAGAAGAAAAAGCGCCUGGCGAAGCAGCGGUCGGUGCACAAGGAAAACAACGACCAGCUGCACAGCCAGCUCGAUACGCAGCUGCUGAAGGAGUUUCUCGUCUACAACCGCUACAAGGAGCUCAAACGUAAGGCGAUGGAAGCGAAAGAGUCCGAAUGGCAACAGGAGCUUGAUCAGGCGAUGGCAAACUCGCACGUUUCGAGCCCGGGCGUACAGGUCGACCGUGGUUUACCGACGAUCAGUGAACGUGCCGAACAGACGUCCGGUGUCUGUGCCGUCGCACCAGCAACCGGACCGCCGGCCAUUUCACGCUCGGCCGAUCCGAUUGCGUCCACACCGGUACCGGUGCCCGGCACCACCCGGUCCGGUUCCACCACCGAUACAAUCGACUACAUCGACCGAACACCAUCGCCGAAGAGCAGCAUCUAGCAGCACCUGAUCCCCGGAUCGGGCGAAUCCUGCCACAUUAUCUGAGCCGCACGGGCUCGUCUGGCUUGUGAUACACCAGCGGUAUACCCGAUGCCACCACCGCAGGAAGAGACUGACAUCCCCACCGCUCGAAACUACGCACACGCGCACGCUUCACUCACACACACACCGUGUCUACGCAGCAGAAGCGUGAAGCUACAUCACCGUGGGUAUAUUUAGCACCGGAGGCAAUCAUUUAUCAACCGACACCGAAACAGGCAGGAUGGGUGUGUAAACAUUCACAUUAAACUGCAACCUUGCAUUUAGCUCGUAAGCAAAACACAAAGGUGCUGCUCAUACUCGCGCUAAAGGUAUGAUCCUUACCGGUCCACAUCCCGUGUGUAACAGGCGAUUGGUUUUCUUUACGUUUUUGUCUAUCCGGUUCUCAUCUGUUUAUGCUUACUUAGCGCGAAGAAGAAAAAAAAAAGAAAGGGUCUAAUAAACCAUGCGAAACCGCUAGUCAAUUUCCAGUAAGACGAUUUUGCUCGGUGGAUUGCAUACCCCUUAGGCGCAUUACGUUUUUUUUUACUUCAUUACUUGCACAAACGCACAUAACGAUUAGGGUGAAAUUAGCCCUUAAAGCUGGCAUUUAAACUCGCGUUUGUUAAGGUAUAAAACCCCUUAACAAUGGAAGAAGCCCAUUGUUUCUGUAACGAAGAAAGGAACACUUUUUACGCCUGAGAAGUAUGCAAUCAACCAAGCAGCGCUGUAUUAGUUUUUAACCCACCCGAAUGGGUAAUUUAUCACACUGAAGUACGCUUAACGGCUUGCCGAAUGCCAAAUGGUGGCCAGCUGUAUGUCGGUAGGUGCAUCCUACCCCUCUCCCCCCUUUUUCCUCCCUCAAACCACACACAUUCGCCCCUGUGCAGGCAUCCUCUAGAACGAUUUUACGCUCCCCGUGCUUAUUUACCAAUCGAAUAAAUCACCCAGUCGUCAGACUGGUGGCCGCAUAGCUGCCUACCUUCCAGGCGACACACACGUUCGUACAAUCGCAAAGCACCCGCACCGAGCGCAAUUUGAAUUUAGCAGUGCAAAAACGAAGUAGAAUGUAUAUGUUAGUUUGUGAAACGCUGUGAAAAUAAAGGAAAAAUUUAAUGAAACAA